AUGUCUCAACCACGCCGCAGACCUCCGAUCUCCUCCUCGAGGCUUCCGAAAACCCAAUCUCCCCUCCCUCUUCCCGCGGGCCCCAGCCGCAUCCGCCCACUCGUCUGGACCGUCGGUCUCGGUAUCAUCGCCGUCGCUGGCGCAUAUGGAGGCGCCUUGUUCAAGCAUGAGCAGGAUCAGAAAAAGGUCGUAAAAGAAUUCCAGCAAGAGCCAAUCGAAGACCGCAUCGCGCAGCUCGAGAAUAUCAGGAAGCGGUUGGAGGUCGAAAAGAAGAAGUUUGAGAAGGAUCUGAUGAAGGCGAAGAUGAAGGCGGCGAAGGAGAUGGAAGGGGGAAGGGGAGGGUGA